AUGAGUGGACGGGCCCGCGCGAGGGCACGAGGUAUCGCCCGUGGCCCCAGUCCCGCCGAAGUGGGGCGCACCCAGGCCUCCCCGCAGCCUACAUCUGUUGAUCUUAGUGACAGUGAAGCAUCCUCUAGCAGUGGCUUUGUGGGAACAAGCAGGAUUUCACAGACAUAUAGCGUAUCUUCUGGUGAUGCUGGAAGUGCCUUCAUGGAAAGAGGUGGGAAAAUCAGACGAGACUUCAUGGAUUUGGCUGUCUGUACCAGAGAGAAAUUGGCCCAUGUGAGAGACUGCAAAACAGGUUCCAGUGGAAUACCUGUGAAGCUGGCCACAAAUCUCUUUGGUUUAGAUUUGCCCCAGGACUGGCAGCUGUACCAGUAUCAUGUGACAUAUAUUCCAGAUUUAGAAUCUAGAAGGCUGAGAAUUGCUCUGCUUUAUAGUCAUAGGGAACUUUCCAACAAAGCAAAAGCAUUCGAUGGUGUCAUCCUUUUUCUCUCACAAAAGCUAGAAGAAAAGGUCACAGAAUUGUCAAGUGAAACUCGAAGAGGUGAGACUGUAAAGAUGACUAUCACUCUGACGAGGGAGCUCCCAGCAAGUUCUCCCGUGUGUAUCCAGGUCUUCAAUAUCAUCUUCAAAAAGAUCUUGAAAAAGUUGUCCAUGUACCAGAUUGGACGGAAUUUCUAUAAACCUUCUGAGCCAGUGGAGAUUCCCCAGCACAGGUUGUCCCUUUGGCCGGGGUUCGCCGUUUCUGUAUCACACUUCGAAAGCAGCCUCCUGUUUAGUGCUGAUGUGAGUUACAAAGUCCUCCGGCACGAGACUGUUCUGGAAUUCAUGGCUGGUCUCUGCCACAGGACUGGCGUGUCUUGCUUUACCCAGACGUGCGAAAGACAGCUGAUUGGGCUCAUCGUCCUUACCAGAUACAAUAACAAAACCUAUCGCAUUGAUGACAUCGACUGGUCUGUGAAGCCCACACACACCUUUCAGAGGCGGGAUGGCACUGAGGUCACCUACGUGGAUUACUACAAGCAGCAAUAUGAUAUUGCUUUAUCUGACCUAAAUCAGCCGGUGCUUGUUAGUCUGUUGAAAAGCAAGAGAAAUGACAACGCUGAGGCUCGGCUGGCCCACCUGAUACCUGAGCUCUGCUUUCUAACAGGGCUGACUGACGAGGCAACCUCUGAUUUCCAGUUGAUGAAAGCUGUGGCUGAAGAAACACGUCUCAGUCCUCUGGGAAGGCAGCAGCGCCUGGCCAGGCUUGCUGACGACAUCCAGAGAAACAAGGAUGCUCGUUUUGAGCUGGAGACCUGGGGGCUACGUUUUGGAUGCCAGAUGUCUCUGACUGGCCGGGUUGUGCCUUCAGAAAAAAUAUUAAUGCAAGACCACGUAUGUCAACCUUUGUCGGCUGCUGAUUGGUUCAAGGAUCUGCGAACUUGCAAGAUUUUGAGCACACAACCUUUGAAUAAAUGGUUGGUUAUAUGUAGUAACAGAGCGGAAGAUGCAACUGAGAACUUUCUGAACUGCUUGAGAAGAGUUGGAAGUUCCAUGGGGUUUAAUGUGGACUACCCCAAAAUCAUAAAAGUACAAGAAAAUCCAGCAGCAUUCCUUACCAGUAUACAGAAACAUGUUGGUCCUGAUGUUCAGUUGGUAAUGUGUAUUCUGCCUUCUAAUCAGAAGAGCUAUUAUGAGUCCAUUAAAAAGUAUUUGAGCUCAGACUGCCCAGUCGCGAGCCAGUGUGUGCUUGCCCGGACCUUGAAUAAACAGGGCAUUCUGAUGAGUGUUGCCACCAAGAUUGCCAUGCAGAUGACCUGUAAACUGGGAGGCGAGCUGUGGGCCGUUGAAAUCCCCUUGAAGUCCCUGAUGGUGGUCGGCAUUGAUGUCUGUAAAGAUGCAUUCAACACGGGAAUGGUGGCGGUUGGAUUUGUGGCCAGUAUGAACCCCAGAAUCACCAGGUGGUUCUCCCGCUGUAUCCUUCAGAGAACGACAGCUGGUGUUGCAGAUUGCUUAAAAGUUUUCAUGACCGGAGCGCUCAACAGAUGGUACAAAUACAACCAUGGUUUGCCAGCGCGGAUAAUUGUGUACCGUGAUGGCGCAGGGGACGGUCAGCUAAAAACACUUAUUGAAUAUGAAGUUCCACAGCUGCUGAGCAGUGUGACGGAAGCCAACUCACAUGCCAGCUCCAAACUGUCGGUGGUCGUGGUCAGGAAGAAGUGCAUGCUACGAUUCUUUAUGGAAGUGAACCGGACCUUGCAGAACCCACCACUUGGCACCGUGGUGGAUUCGGAAGCAACACGUUCUGAAUGGUAUGACUUUUACUUGAUCAGCCAGGUCGCCUGUCGGGGAACUGUUAAUCCUACCUACUAUAAUGUCAUCUACGAUGACAACGCUUUGAAGCCCGACCACAUGCAGAGGCUUACCUUCAAACUGUGCCAUCUGUACUACAACUGGCCGGGCUUAAUCAGUAUCCCAGCACCGUGUCAGUAUGCACACAAGCUGACCUUUCUGGUGGCACAAAGCAUUCAUAAAGAGCCGAGUUUGGAACUAGCCAAUUCUCUCUUCUACCUGUGAUGACGUGACCCAUUGGCUAGAUGAGGAAUCUGAGGAGUAGUUGGUAUACUUUGUACAAAUCUGCCAUGAGCUCCAGACUGUGGCGGGGGAAGGGAGAUGGAGCUUAGUCUUAACUUCUGGAAAAAAAAAAUCCCAAACAACUUAAUCUGAAAUGGUUCAAAAGAAAUGUAUGUUGUUUCAUUUUAAAGAGUUAUA